UGGAGCAUGAAACCUACUUACAAAAAUCGUAUUUAAAUCUAUUUGUUUAUUUAAAGGAAAUUACUGUUUAUGUUAUGGAGUAGUUACUUGAUUUCAAUAUAUAUAUAGUCCUGGCAGCCAGCAGUAAUUAAACAACCCCUCCCUUCAUCAAGUCUUUUGAUGUAUGCCCUAGCAGGUGAAAAUUGUUGAGUUUUAACAAGUAUACAGAAUUUUAAUGGAAGCCUCUGUUGAAAAAGUAGCAUGGCAAAAUGAAGAGUCAUUGCAACAAAGAAUGCUAAAUCAAUCUAUACAGACAAGUAUGAAAUCAAUGGUGGAAACUUGUUUAUCAUGCUAUGCUGUGCAGAAAAUUACAAGUUGGUAAAGCUGAAAAAUGUCUGCGUUGGUGUUCUAAAUACCUAUAUUAAUAUCCAAGGAAUAGCAUUUGCAUUUCCGGUUUCAGUUCAGUUUUCACUAUUGAAUACACAAAUCAGCUGUCUCAAAUUCAUUUCUGAUAAUACAGAGGAAUGUCUCCAAAUGCCAGGUUUUAUUUCGUUACCAGAAAACUGUAUUGAACUGAUACUUAGUUAUAAAGGUUUAUCGUGUAAAGAAGAGGUAUUGUUUGAGUAUGUUAUGAAAUGUGCCGUAAGCUUGUGUCAACAAACUAAUCUGGAAAUCAACAUUAAGAAUAAGCGAGUAGUAUUGCAAACAUUAAUCAAAUACAUUAGAUUUCCACUAAUGGAUGUAACGUAUUUUACCGACGUAUCAAGAAUCGGUAUCCUUACUCAAAAGGAAGUUAUUUCAGUAUUUCAAACAAUCCAUGGGAAUUUUAACGGUUGCUUUUCAGCAGUAAAACGAAACUCUCAGAUUAAAAGAAUGGUCAGAAAUGUUAAUGAUGCACAAAUAAUACAUUUAACCUCAACACAAAAACCACCGUUUGCAAUGUGUAUCGAUGUAUCGUGUAGCGUCACAACUAUUUUACAUGGAAUAUCACUUGGCUGCAUGUAUAAUGGAGGCAAAUUUCAGUGCAUUAUUACACAUUUAAAAGUUAAAUCAUUCCCAGAACGAAAAUUACCAAUGGUUUGUCCAAACAACCAACCAACAGUUGUAGAUAUACUAUCUAAACUAGAUAAUUUGAAAUUAGGGAUCAACGACAACGUGCAGUUACGUGAUAUUUUACUGAAAGAACCAGUCAUCUUAUCAAAAGAUAAUUGGUAUGUAAUAGAAAUAUUGGUAAAUAAUAUAUCAGGUUCAGUGAAAUCGUCAAAUUGCUGGGACAGUGUUAUUGAUGGAAACAUUCAAGUUAUGUUUAGAAAACACUCAGAAAAAACGGAAAACGUACAUCCUGAACUUAUUUGUGGUGUUCUUGUGAGUGAAAAAUGAAAUUGUUAGGACCAUAUGCAUCAAAUUUACUUUCUAAGAUGAACUACGAUUUUAUUUUAAAUAAAUAUAAGAUAACUUCUAAUAGAUAUAUUAUGAGGUGAUACACAUGUUUUUAUUUGGUACAUUUUCUUAAGAAAUAUCAAUCUAUUGACUAUUCAA